AUUGGCAUUACCAUUUAUGCAAAUUAAAGUAAUGGAUCUUCAACAUGAAAUAGAUAUUCCUCUUAAUCCUGAGGAUCCCAUUUCUCUGCAUGAAAUAAAAGACAGAUUACUUGAUGAGUGGGAAGGAAAAAUGUUAAAAAGUUUCAGAGAUUAUGAUGAGUGGGCAAGUCAAAUGACCACUUUGAUGAAAUCAAUAAAUCCGAAGUUUAUAAAUUAUAUAAAUGGUGAACUUCUGGAAUCAGAAAUAGGCCAAGAUGAAUUUAAAAGGUCUCUUGAUUACCUUUAUACUUUGUUCCGACUAUCUAUGUCGGAUGAAAUUUUUAAGGAUUCGAUCGUGGACAACUUUACUCCAGUAAAACUAUGGAGCCAUUUAAAGGACAGAUACGAGAAGUUAUCUAAGAAUUAUUAUUCAAGUCAACAAAAAAUAAUGGAAGUUCUAACAGAUACAUCGACCACCGGUGAUAUGAAGCUUGACUCUCUUUUGGCUUUCCCUCAAGACAUUUUUAAAAUCAUUGAAUUCGAUGUAUGCAGAGAAUUAGUAACAUACCUGAAAGACUCAAUCAUAACAUUAGCAUACAAUAUACUAAUAAAGAAUGAAGUUGAUAUGACAUUGAGAAGCUUGCAAGAAGAGGUAAAGGUUAUCAAAAGUGCCUCGGAUGCAGCAAUGGAUGAGAGAUGUGCCAAGUGUCAAAGGUCAGGACACAAUCACAUGAUGUGUACAAAUGAACUAUGGUGUAAUAUGGAGGGAGAAACUCUUUCCAUUCCAGGGUCAGAAAAUUUAUUUCCUCCACCAAACAGGAGCUGAUACAGCUUUUUUUGUUGAGCUAUCUUAAUUGUAUCUCGGGGGUUUCACUAUGUAGAAUCAUUAGCAAAACUACACAUGUAACAAAAAUAUAAAGGAUAAUAAUUG